AUGAAACAAAAGUUUAUGAGAUGCAAUAAUCGAGCUUGGGAAAGAGAUCUUGGCGAGGAACACUUGGGGAAAUCAAGCAAAGCGAAGCUAGGAACUCGUGGGAAGCAAGGAUAUACUUCAGUUGACACUCUCUGGAAGGUGGUGGAGUUUUUGGCAGUGAUCAGGGAGUUUGAGCUUAUCUUUCGAGUCGACAUUUGCAAGGUACAUCAAGGGAUCGCGGCAAGGCGAAGGCAUGAUCGUACAGCUCCUCCCGUUUUGUUUAUGAGCUUGUUCUACCAGAAAUAUCUGGAAUUACUGAAAACAGGCGAAAAAAGCGACCUGGAGCAGGGAAUUGGAGAAACGGUAUCCGCCGAGAUACUUGCUGUUGAACAUAGAAGCUCAUUGGAAUCUUUGAAGGAUUUGGGGACAUGUGUAUUCCAUCAUUUCUCCAAACAUGGUGGACAAACGGAAAAAGAUGAGGAAAAAAUUGAGCUCUCUAAGGAGGUUAAGGAUGUUCCAGUUACAGCUACAAGUGUGGUUGCUAAUCCUCCAGCUGAAAAGAAAAGAACUAGAAGGGAUGAUAGUGAGGUUGCUAAUUCUCCAAUAGAGAAGAAAAGAACUAGAAGGGACACCAUUGUUGCUGAUCUGAGCCAUAACACAAGCAAGGAAGAUAAAGGUGAGAAAUUGGGGCGUGGGAGAUCAAAGAACAUAAGUGAAGAGAGAAUUGUUGAAGUUCCUGAAACUCAAAAUAAUGCUGACAAGGGCACAAGGCAAUCAAGGAGAAACAAGGCAACAGUUGAAGUGCCUACAGUUAUGAAUCAAAAUGUGAGCAAAGUGGAAUCUGUUAAUGAAAAGAAAGUUACAAGGUCCAAGGCUCCUCUUGCAAAGAAAUCUUAUGGAAGCAAAGCUGAGGUUCAACAGCUUGAGGAACCAUCAGAGCCUGCACGUAGAAGAAAUGGCACAAAGCGAAAAUCUGUUGUGCAAAAAGCUCAGGGAAAAGGAAGCAAGAAACCGUCUGUUGGAAAGAAAGAAAUAGUAAAGGAAACCGAGAAGCCUGAAUCUCCUAUUCGUAAGACUGUUGUGAAAAAGCAAUCAAAAGAUGCUUCUGAAAAAAAAAAAAAAGCAGCUGCUAGUGGUUCUGGGAGAAAAAAUUCUAGGAAACGAAGUGGAGAUCCUAUUAUUGAAGAUCAGAUUAUUAAGCUUGAGCCUGUUUCUACACAUAAAGACUCUGUUGCAAAAAAAAGAGCAAGAGUGUUGUAA